AUAACUUUUGUCAUUAAUUAUUAUCAGUAUUAAACUAUAAUAGUUAUUAUUAACUAUAUUUAAUAGUAAAAGUACGCUAUAAAUAUUAAUUAUAAUCAUGGAGAUUAUGGCAACCAAGGGUUCAGAUGAAUCCAAAGAUUACUAUUUAGCCAUGAAUUCCACCAUAUUUAAAGAACCUGGUUCAGAGGACUGGAAAAAACGACGAGCAAUUCCACUACAAACAUCAAGUCAGCAGAAACAGUCCGAAAACAUUGUAAGUUCGGAAUGGUCAAGAGAUGAGCACACCAGAAUAUUUGCUUCGUUGGUACCAGACGAAGUUAUUUACCAUAUCAACGAUUACUCCAGAAGACAUUUUGAUGGAUGUCUUUUAUUCGGUGACGUAUCAGGAUUUACCGAUCUAUGUGAAAAAUACAAUAAGACUGGAAAAGGAGGGCCAUCCAAACUGACCCAAGUGCUAAAUAGCUAUAUCGGAGCUAUGGUGCAAGAAAUCCUUUCUCACGAUGGAGACGUUUUUAAGUUCUCCGGUGAUGCCUUUCUAGCUCUUUGGAAAGUUACAGAAAAUUUGUCUAUGAAGGAUGCCGUCCACGAAGCUAUUGACUGUUCUUUAAUAAUUCAAAAAACUUAUGGACGCUAUCAGGCUGAUCAGGAUGUAGUUAUUAGAGUGAAACUCGCCAUAUCUGCUGGUCCUUUAGUGUUUUCGUUGCUUGGAAGAACAGAUAAUUCUCACUAUGCGAUAAGCGGUUCCACACUAUUAGAUCUGAAAGCUGCGGAAACUCAAAGUUUUGCAGGUGACAUAAUUAUCACAAAAUCAGCUUGGCAACAUGUUAGUGCUAAUGAAUACUUGGCAGAAGAAUUGAAAGACGGGUUGCAUGCUAAGAUUUAUGGUGUGGGUCCUAAUUGGAGAAAUAUUCAAAGAACGGCUACUUAUGGGAAAGAAGAAAAUUAUAAUGUUGUCACUGCCCAUGACAAUUUGAUUAGUGACAUGAGUGUUGCUGAAGAAGAUUUAGAUGAAACGUCGGACAUGGGAAUUGUAGAACAUAAGCGGUCAUCAAAAACUUCUCAAGAAUCUCAAGUUAUAAAUACCAGUGAUCAAUAUGCCCUAAGACCAUCAGUAAACAUGUGUAUUAGAAUGAAAAUGCUAGGCGCUUUAAAAAAAUUCAUUCUGGCUCCAGUUGAAAAAGGAAUAUCUGCAGACGAACCUAUAGAAUAUUUGACCGAAAUUCGAAAAGUGACUAUACUGUUUAUCAACUGUAAAUUCAAUAACAGCGCUGAACUAAAACCAGUAAAAUUACUCGAUAUUGUCGAUCAAGUUUACAUUACUGUAAGCGGGAUAGUAAAAGAUAAUUAUGGAUGUCUAAAUAAAGUCAAUAUAUUCGAUAAAGAUCUGCUAGUUUUGGUUAUUUUCGGUUUGCGUGGUCUAAAACACGAAAUGGAAUGUCAAAUAGCUUUGAAAUGUGCCAAAGAGUGUUACGACAGCUUAAUUAAAAUUGAAAAUAUAAUGGGUGUAGGAGCAGCUGUCACAACAGGAAAAACAUAUUGCGGAGCAUUUGGACAUUCAUUACGUAGAGAAUAUACAGUUAUAAGUUUAAUAGUUAACAAAGCCGCUCGUUUGAUGGUUGCGUAUCCAAACAGGGUGACGUGCGAUAGAGAGACAUUUUUGCACAGCAAACUUGAAUCAAAAAACUUUAUCCUACAAAAGUACAAGCCUCUGAAAGGCAUAGUUAAUCCCGGCCCUAUAUAUGAAUUUAAAGAAGUGGAAAGUACUAGGGACGUAGCCCUGAGUGUCUCCAUAAGACCUCUACUCGGCAGAGAGCAAGAACUUGAUUUAUACUUGCACUUGUAUAAAGUGGCCAAGGAAUCAGCUACGAUGAAAAUAAACGAGGGAGAAUUUUUUGGCAUGCUCAUAAUACAGGGCGAAUCGAGGCAAGGAAAAACUCGAUUGUUAGAGGAACUGAUAUUUUCUACAGAUCCAGCGACACCUAUUAGUCGAGUUACUUUGACGAAAACAGAUUCACAGAAGUCUUAUACCUCAAUAAGAUUAAUAUUCAACUUUGUUUUGGGACUUACUGAAAAAACUUCAUCCACUGAAAAAGAAAAUAAGAUUCUAAGACGAUUAGGAAAAGUUAAUAUGCAAGGGAAUUCCUAUUACUUAAACAACAUUUUCAACGUACACUUUAGUGAACCAUUGGGUUUCCAUUUCAUGGACAGGAAAGUCAAAUACAAAGAAUUAAAAAGAAUUUUUAAGGGAUUUUGUUAUGCGACUUUUUCUGUUUUUUGGGUGAUAGCAAUAGACAAUACAGAAUAUGUUGACGACGAGUCCUGGGUACUGCUAAGCAUUUUAUCAAAAUUAAAUCUAGUGUUUACGGUUGGCACUAUGGGUUUAAGAAGCCUUAUAAGUCCCGUGGCCACUGAAAUUAUAAAAAUGCGAUCAUUUAAAGUAAUACAAAUGAAAUGUAUAGAUAAGUGGUUUCACGUUGGUUUAGUUUGUCAAAUGUUAGAUGUAGAUGCAAUUCCUGCAGAUCUGGAGAAAGUAAUACAAGAGAGAAGUAAUGGCAAUCCAGGAUGGAUAGAAAGUUUUCUUAUAACACUGUUACAAUCUAAUGGCCUAUUUAUUAAAAAUAUAACGAGAAAAAUGGCAUAUGAAAAUGGCUUAAUACUUCCACCGCUGUAUAUGAUGAUAAGAUUGUCAGAAGAGGAGAAAAACCUUUGGAUAGAAAUAAUGGAAGAGGGUGGAUCGGAAAAAAUGGAAACUAGAUGGAAAAUGUAUAUCGACAGUUGUAGGGAAAGCUAUCCAGAUUUAACUGUUGCUACAACUUUAAAAGACAAGUUUGAUUUGUAUUCUGGCAUUAGAGUGUGCGUCCUGAAUCCAGCUUUCAAUAUAGACGAGGUCGAGCCAGAGUUAGCAAUGGAUGUUAUUAUUCUGAAAACCUUCGACUCUUUAACCUCGUACGAACAACUAUUAAUAAAAUGCAGUGCAAUUCUUGGCGACAUUUUCCCAAGAGAUAUGCUCAUGUACAUAAUGUCUUCUUCGGCAGUUAGAUUGACAGCUUUGGCUGUUCAAAAAUUAUUUGAAAUUCACGUUCUUAGCUGUGCCCGUGGAAACUUCGUAGAGGGUGGUCUAGUUUUCAAAGAAAGAUUAAAAAAUCCUAAUGAAGAAACCGAAGUCACUUGUCAAUGUAAAGGACUGGUAAUUGAUGAAAACUGCCAAGAUUUACCGAAGUACGCGUCUUGCGGUUACAUGCGCUUUUUAUCCACGUUAUUUAGAGAAACGACUUAUAAUCUAUUGACCGAUAAUCAAAAAAGAGAAUUUCAUACAAGAGCCAUUAGAUAUUUGGAAAAAGAAACGAGAAAGUGCAGAGCUUGUGGAAAUGGAUAUUUUACAAGAUAUAUGGGAAACAAGCUCGACUAUGAAUUAAAAUGUACACGUGGUAAAAAAAAGGGAAAAGCAAGAUUUAGUCAGUCGUCUGUAGAUGCGGAUAGCAUUUAUACUUUCGAGAAAGAAGGUAUACAUUCAUUAUUUAGUAGAGAGUCUGGUGACAGCAAAACGCCAUCUAAAGCCACUAAGGAAUAUAGUCAAUCAGGACAACCCAGUAUUGUUUCCGAUAGUAUAAAUUAUGGGACUUCCAGGAUCUUAGACGAGGACGUUGAAGGAGCUGAUUUUCCAAUGUUUGAAACUGGACUUGGAUUGAAAAUGAUUCAAAAGUACAAAAACGAUUUUAAUAUAACCCGCACCUUUUCUGACACUGAUUAUAGCCAAUGUACUUGUCCAUUAAUUUUGACUACAAUGUACGUGCAGAUGAUUGAACAUUGUAGUGGUGCAGGAUUAGUUGAAAAGAUGUUGAACGCAAUGAUAGACUUUUGUUAUGUCUGUAUCGAAUCUGAUAAUGUUCCUCAAGCUUUGAAAAUCUUAUACGAAGCAAUAGCUCUUGUUGAGGGUCCUCUAAAACAAACAACAGAACUUGAUUGGGUGAUAACAUUAAAGAAAGGAAAACUCUAUGCUAUAAUGGGCUGGGCUAGGAUGAAGCUUCAACAAGUAGAUGAAGGCUACAAACUAUUACAUAGCGCUUUGGAUUGUUAUGGAGUUAAAUUUCCAUCAAAUUCUGUUUCGCUCAGUCUUCGUAAAAUGAGUUUAGAGUUCCAUCAAAACAUAUCUCUUUUUAUUUUACCUGUCAACUAUUCCAAUAAAAAUGCCGAUGAUGAUGUUUCAAAUUAUUAUAACGAUUUAUCGGAGUGUCUCGGGUUCCUCUGCAAAUAUUUCUUGCUAAAGAAACAGUACAAGCAUGCUAAACUAGCUGCUAUGUGGAGCUUAAAAGAAGCAAGAUGGUCAGCUACAGAUUUUAAUUUAAUAUGUUUGGCUUAUGCUAACAUGAUUCGCCUGGGUACCUUGUUUGGUGAGCAAAAGCAUAAUAUUGCUUUGGAAGUGUUUGCCUUUGAAAUGUGUAAUAGGAAAAGAACUACCGUGGAACGAGAGGAAUUAACAGCUGUGGGAAAAUUGUACUUUUCAAUAUUUUUUGCCAGAGUAGCAAGAUGCGAAAUCGAAAAAUCUAUUCAUAUUGGUUAUCUUUUAUGGAGGAUUGGAUCAUCUACUCACAUGACUUUUGAACUAUUGAGUCUACUACCGAUGUUGGUUAUGCUCAUUUUGAUGAGAAAGCAUAUCGUUGAAGCAGGAAAUAUAAUGCAAGAUAUUAAUCAAGUUGCAAACACUGAUAUUGAUAUAUCAGGUUUAUGUUGGUAUCAUGCAUUAUGUGUGAACUUUCAUCUGGAAACUGGAUUAGUGAUAGAGCCCAUUCGCUUAUCGGUAAACUUUAGUUCAGCUGAAGGUCGAGAACCAGCAACAAGGGACCCCGAUGCAUUAACAAGAUUAACAGUUGUCCUAUGGUUAUGGAACGUAAGAACAGAAAAUUGGGAAGGGGCUGUAAUUUGGGAGGAGGAUGUAAUGAAAAUGGAAGUUGGAGAUGGAGCGGAAAAUCUUUUAACUGCACUUUACUUAUUAGAGGGUAUGAUUAUAUCUAUGGUGAGAAAGAUUGACAAGAAAAGUAUAGGAAUGGUCGAAUAUCUCACAAGGAAAGUAAACGACAUAUUUAAGACAUUAUUCAAAGCUUCAAAGUCAGUGAAAGUUAUUUUACCAAGAUUGUAUCAUCUCAAAUCAUAUUAUCACCUCGUAAAAACUAACAACUAUCAAGAAACAAUAAAAAUGCUUCGUAAGGCAACUAAACUUGCCAAUAAAUAUGGAAACGAAAUGGAAGUGUCCUGGAUCACUCACAAUGAACAGGCUUGGUGCAACAAAUUGACCAAGACAGAAAAAACAUUUUGGCGUACCCAUAGCGAAGACGACAAUCAUAUAGAAUAUAGUGAGACUGACGAAUAUACAGAAAAGUUUGGACAUUUUUCGCUGCCUAUUCCCACCUUCCUUUGAACAGUUGAUGAUUUUAUUACUAUGUAUAUUGAUGUUAUACAAACUAGAAAAUAAAG